AUGUUGGGACUCCCCAAGGGCCACCCAAACCCUGGCACUCCCUGUAAUGGGGGUCACUGCCGUCAGUGGCCAGGGGCCUGGGCCUUCCUGCAGAAGACGAUGGUCAUCGUGUGGCUGCUGCUGUCCAGCACGUCCCUGCCCCCCACCUGGGGCCAGCCCAAGAUUCCUCUGGAAACAGUGAAGUUGUGGGCCGACACCUAUGGCAGGGACCUGUAUGACACGGUGACCAAGUACUCAGGCUCCCUUUUGUUGCAGAAGAAAUACAAGGAUGUAGCUCCCAGUCUGCAGAUCAAGAAGGUAGACGGCCUGGAGCUGGUGAGGAAGUUCUCGGAGGACAUGGAGAAUAUGCUGCAGAGAAAAGUGGAGGCUGUCAAGAGUCUGGUGGAGGCUGCUGAGGAGGCUGAUCUGAACCACGAAUUCAAUGCUUCUCUGGUGUUUGACUACUACAACUCAGUCCUGAUCAACGAGAGAGAUGAGAAGGGCAGACACGUGGAGCUGGGCGCUGAAUUUGUCCUUGAGUCCAACGCGCACUUCAGCAACCUGAGGGUGAACACCUCCAUUAGCACAGUGCAGCUGCCCACCAACGUGUACAACAAAGACCCAGACAUUUUAAAUGGAGUCUACAUGUCUGAGGCCCUGAACCCUGUUUUUGUGGAGAACUUCCAGAGAGACCCUACAUUGACCUGGCAGUAUUUUGGCAGUUCAACUGGAUUCUUCAGGAUCUAUCCAGGUAUAAAAUGGACACCUGAUGAGAAUGGAGUCAUUGCCUUUGACUGCCGAAACCGAGGCUGGUACAUCCAAGCCGCUACCUCUCCCAAGGAUAUGGUGAUCGUGGUGGACGUGAGUGGCAGCAUGAAGGGGCUCAGGAUAGCCAUUGCCAAGCACACCAUCUCCACCAUCUUGGACACCCUGGGAGAGAACGACUUCGUUAACAUCAUCGCGUACAACGACUACGUCCACUAUAUCGAGCCCUGUUUUAAAGGCAUCCUCGUCCAGGCCGAUCGGGACAACCGAGAGCAUUUCAAACAGCUGGUGGAGGAACUGAUGGUCAAAGGCGUGGGGGUGGUGAACCGAGCCCUGAGCGAGGCCUUCCAGAUCCUCAAGCAGUUCCAAGAGGCCAGGCAAGGAAGUCUCUGCAACCAGGUCAUCAUGCUGAUCACUGACGGGGCUGUGGAGGGAUACGAGCAAGUGUUUGAGGAGUAUAACUGGCCGGACCGCAAGGUCCGAGUUUUCACUUACCUGAUUGGAAGAGAAGUGACUUUUGCUGAGCGAAUGAAGUGGAUCGCGUGCAACAACAAGGGCUACUACACGCAGAUCUCCACGUUGGCUGACGCCCAGGAGAACGUGAUGGAGUACCUGCACGUGCUCAGCCGCCCCAUGGCCAUCAACCGUGGCCAUGACAUCAUCUGGACGGAGGCCUACAUGGACAGCAAGCUCUUCCCCUCGAAGGCGCAGAGCCUGAUGCUCCUCACCACUGUGGCCAUGCCUGUCUUCAGCAAAAAGAACGAGACGAGAUCCCAUGGCAUUCUCCUGGGUGUGGUGGGCUCUGAUGUGACCCUGAGAGAGCUCAUGAAGCUGGCACCCCGCUACAAGCUCGGCGUGCAUGGCUAUGCCUUUUUGAACACUAACAACGGGUACAUCCUCUCUCACCCUGACCUCCGACCCUUGUACAGAGAGGGGAAGAAGCUGAAACCCAAGCCCAACUACAACAGUGUGGACCUCUCUGAAGUCGAGUGGGAGGACCAAGCUGAAACUCUGAGAACAGCCAUGAUCAAUGGGGAAACAGGUUCUCUGUCUCUGGAGGUGAAGGUUCCACUGGACGAAGGG